AUGAAGUCUAUUCACCAAUUGGCCCGCCGCCAGGCGUUGACUGGGCUCGCCAUGCCCCGUGUGCUGUCGACUCAGAACUUGGCAGCCAGCCGAACAUGGCAGCGCGCUUUCAGUGCCUCUGCCCCAGCUGCCUCACAACUCCCUGGCCUCGACCCUUCAAAGUUGACUAUCACGAAGACAACCACCCCCAAGGAGCCAAUGGACUCCAAGGACCUUGUUUUUGGAAAGUACUUCACUGACCACAUGCUUUCCGUGGAGUGGACCGCCACCGAGGGGUGGCAUGCACCACAAAUCGUUCCUUACCAGAACCUCAGCCUGGAUCCCUCAACCUGUGUGUUCCACUAUGCGUUUGAGUGCUUUGAAGGAAUGAAGGCAUACAAGGAUAGCAACGGCGGCAUCCGUCUUUUCCGCCCUAAUAAGAACAUGGAGCGACUCAACAAGUCCUCUGCUCGCAUUGCCCUGCCCACCGUGGAUGGUGACGCUUUGACAAAAAUCAUCGGCGAGUUCGUCAAGACUGAUAGCCGAUUCAUUCCGGAUGCUCGCGGUUACUCCCUGUACCUGCGCCCUACUAUGAUUGGCACACAGAAGACUCUCGGAGUUGGCCCACCUGGCUCUGCUCUCUUGUUUGUCAUUGCCAGCCCUGUGGGUCCUUACUACCCUACUGGAUUCAAGGCCAUCUCCCUGGAGGCCACUGAUUACGCCGUCCGCGCCUGGCCCGGCGGUGUCGGAGACAAGAAGCUCGGAGCUAACUACGCUCCUUGUAUCUUGCCUCAGCUCGAGGCCGCCUCACGUGGAUUCCAGCAAAACCUGUGGCUCUUCGGCGAGGAGGAGUACGUGACCGAGGUUGGCACUAUGAACCUCUUCAUCGCCCUGAAGAACAAGGAGACCGGACAGAAGGAGCUUAUCACCGCUCCUCUCGACGGUACCAUCUUGGAGGGUGUUACCCGUGACUCUGUGUUGACCCUUGCUCGGGAGAGACUUGAGCCUCUCGGCUGGGCCAUCAAGGAGCAGAAGAUUCGUAUGUCAGAGGUUGCUGAAGCUUCUGAGGAGGGCCGUAUGAUUGAGGUCUUCGGCGCUGGCACUGCUGCUAUCGUCAGCCCCGUUCGCAACAUUAGCUACCGCGGUAAGAUGGUCGAGUGCGGUCUGAAGGAGGACGAGGAGGCUGGUGAGAUUGCCCUCCAGAUGAAGAACUGGAUCGAGGGUAUCCAGUACGGUGACGAGCAGAACCCUUGGAGCGUUGUGAUUUAA